UUCCAUGUGACCAAAAACACUUUUCUGACAGCGAACUGACUGUCACAUGAUUUCCCUUCAGUCUCUACUCAGCAAAUUGCAAUGGAUUUUAAAUUCAUUGAAAGUAGUUUAAUUCUAAUCUGCAGUUUUGUAUGUAGCUGUACGUCAAAUGUAUUGAGCAAUGGGUCGGCUCCAAACAUUAUCAUUAUGCUUAUGGAUGACAUGGGUUGGGGCGAUCUGGGAGUGUUUGGUGAGCCUUCAAAGGAGACCCCGAAUUUGGACCGGAUGGCUGCAGAGGGAAUGCUUUUUCCCAAUUUCUACUCGGCAAACCCCCUUUGCUCUCCAUCCAGAGCUGCUCUGCUAACCGGUCGUCUACCAAUCAGGAACGGAUUCUACAGCACCAAUGGUCAUGCGAGAAAUGCAUACACCCCCCAGCAGAUUGUGGGAGGGAUCCCAAAGGAGGAGAUUCUGAUUCCAGAAAUGCUAAAGAAAGCUGGCUACAUCAGUAAAAUCAUUGGUAAAUGGCACCUGGGGCAUAGGCCGCAGUACCUGCCCCUGCAGCACGGCUUUGACGAGUGGUUCGGGGCUCCAAACUGUCACUUCGGCCCCUACAGCAGCAAAGAGGAAACCCCAAACAUCCCAGUGUACAACAACUCUGAAAUGGUGGGAAGGUAUUACGAAGACUUCAUGAUUAAUAGGAAAACAGGGGAAUCUAAUCUCACACAGCUCUAUCUAGAGGAAGCUCUCAGCUAUAUUAGGAGACAGGCCGCCUCCCAUCAACGAUUCUUCAUGUACUGGGCAGUGGACUCCACCCAUGCACCAGUCUACGCCUCGGAAAAAUUCAUUGGCAAAAGCCAGAGAGGGCGAUAUGGAGACGCAGUGAUGGAAAUCGACCACAGUGUGGGGCUCAUUCUGAAGGAGCUGCAGACCCAGGGAAUCGCAGAAAACACCUUUGUCUUUUUCACGUCAGAUAAUGGUGCUGCUCUGAUGUCGGGCCCUUUACAAGCUGGCAGCAAUGGGCCUUUCCUGUGUGGGAAGGAGACAACAUUUGAAGGUGGAAUGAGAGAGCCAGCGAUUGCAUGGUGGCCUGGGCACAUAAAAGCUGGGCAGGUCAGCUACCAGUUGGGGAGCGUGAUGGACCUGUUCACCACCAGCCUUUCUCUGGCUGGACUGCAGCCUCCAACUGACAGGGAACUUGAUGGCCUGGACCUGACCCUCGUCCUUCUGGAGAACCGCAUCAUUGACCGACCCAUCUUCUAUUAUCGUGGCAAUGAGAUGAUGGCAGUGAGGAUGGGGCUGUACAAGGCACAUUACUGGACAUGGAGCAACUCGUGGGAGGAGUUUAAGAAGGGGAUCGAUUUCUGUCCCGGGCAGAGCAUACCCAUAGUAACCAGCCACACGCAAGAAGAACACACCCAGCAGCCAAUCAUCUUCCACUUAGGGCGGGACCUGGGGGAGAAAUAUCCAAUCAGUGUCAGCAGUGCUGAGUACCAGGCUGUGCUGAAGCAGAUCUCCCCAGUGGUGGAGAAGCACAGGAAGGAGCUGAUUCCAGGAAUGCCACAGCUCAACAUGUGUGACCUGGCAGUCAUGAACUGGGCUCCUGCGGGCUGUGAGAAGCUGGGAAAGUGCCUCAAAGGUCCAGAGACCAAUCCCUGGAAGUGUGAGUGGCCACACUGAUAAUCAGCUGUCGGCACACUGGACUCCCAGAGUGGUCUCUGCACUGCUAGUGUCUUCUGUUCAACUUCAUACAGGUCCUGAAACUAUCUAUAUGUCUCGGAAAUAUGAAAAAACCUUUAAUUUGUUAAAAAAAAAAAAAGAAGUUAUUCUGCUUUAUGCAUGGAUGUAACUCUAAACCAGCUUGUAAAAUAAUGGUAGAAACAAAGUUUAUACACAGUGACACAGUGAGAAUUGUGUUUCUUUUAUAUUUAUGAGCCAAGGUGUAUGAUAUUUUGCCUGUGAAAGCUAUGAUCUUCAAGAAUUUCUACCUGGUGUACUGUAAGUAGUUUUUCUUGUGUACAAUACUAGAAUGACAACUGAGUGAAGUUCUAAUUUUUGAUUUGUACAUCAUAUAUAUAUAUAUAUUUUUUAUAUUUGUAUACUUACUGUACCAACUUCAAACAUAAAAAGCAGUAUGUUCUCCUUUUCCUGUGAACAUUAACGUGGUAAAUUACUGUUUCAUAUUUUAGCAUAAUAAAUACAUUGUCUACUAA